AUGUUCUCGAUUUCGUUGCCGUCGCUCAAGCUCUUCUCGCCCGGGAAGGGCCAGAGUAUCGACCUGGCUCCGAUUCAGGUCCACGAGAUAGAGACCGCGCAGGAGAAGCCUGCCCGCGCGUUGAAGCAUCUUCUCAAGCUGAACCAUGCCAACCACGCCAUCUUGUGGAACAACCGCAAAUUCCAUAAUCAUGCUCCUCAUAUUCUCUGUUCCGCAUUCCUGCAGGGCGCAGACGCGGAUGAUCUAACUCGUGUCUAUGAGACCGAGUCCAAGCUACUUGAUCCAUGGACUGACUCGCCUGGCGAAAUUAGUUCUGAUGACUGGAGAGACUACCUGGGAUGCCGGGAAUACCAGCGUGCCUUUGUCGACUAUUUUGAAGACGAGCUGGUCCGUUUCAGCUAUGAUUGGAAAAAGGUUGUGUCAGAAUAUCUCUUCACCGGCAAGGAGCCCAUGUUCAAUGCUCUAAUCGCCGAUCUGGGCCACCCGUUAAUCCAUCUCGCAUAUGCAUUUGAAAUGUCCAGCCGCGAAGUGGCAAUGGAAGCGCUGGGUCUUACAGCCGUCUGCUACAGCGACAUCCACAAAUGCCUGGACGAUCCAGUGCUAUCCCAAAUUGAGGCAUCCUACCACACAACCUCGCUUUAUGAAAUUCUAAACCGCAUCCGAGCAGAUAAGCAGCUGGAUGGCCUCUUCGCUACUCCAGGCGACCACAACCUCGAAACGCUGUUCCACACUCGCGAGGCUGUGCUCUUGAACCACUUGAAUGCAUGGAAAAUCGACAACCCCGUCGAACAAUUCCGCGAGAGCCAGGAACUAGCUGCUGCGCUCCUGGUCGCUACGCAUGUCGACUCCGGAGAGAAAUACGAUUUCUUUCUCGUGCACAUUCUGACGACCAGUCAUGCUGUGCGAGUCUUGCUGCCGUUGAUCCCAGUGCAGUUUCAGAUUCCGCUCGUCAGACAGUGGCUACUCCUGACGUUGGCUGUAUAUAUUGCGCAGCUCCGGCCCGAGAUCGAUUUGGACCGGAUUCGGGAUUUUGAUUUAGAGGGGAGAGACUGGAAAUGGGCGACUAAUCAAGGUAUUCACGCAGAGUCUUCGACGGAUGCGCACUAUGUCAAGGCGAUCCGGGCAUUGAGAGAAUCGGCUUCUACCUGGGGUGAUCCUGAAAAGUUCUUUUUGAAGGCGGCUGUUAAAUUUGCUGAUGAGUUUAGUGGCUGGGGUGGAUUUGUCUGA